GCCUUGGCAACCAUGGCUGAAAAAAGAGCAAGGUGUCUGGAGAGGAAAUGUUUUUAUCUACUUCUGUACUUUUCCUUCGAUAUUAAUUAGUUGAAAAUGUUUUAUUUGAUAUCAGUUAUAUGAUUUCUAACUAAAUAAAAGUCAGCAUGGCUUCUUAUUGAAACAUGCAAAAAUGACUUGUCAUACUAAUAAAAAAGAAGAUUUAAAUAUAUUACAAGAAAAACCAACUUUGCCUGAUUCAAGAAAGAGAUCACAUAGUUUUUUAAGUUCAGUAUUUAAUUCUGGAAAUAAUUCUGAAUGUAAUAAAGAUAUUCCAAAUAAGAAUUUUGAUAGUUUUUGGAAUUCUUCUGGAAAAUCCUCCAAAUUUUUCACUUCAGUUCUCAACACAAAUCAAAUAUUAACUGGAUUAUCAUCCAAACUUGAAGCUGCCUUAAAUUUAAGUUUUGAUGUUUUAGAUUCUGACACGUCUUCCAGAAGUGCUAACACUUCAGCAAAAACUUCUCCUGUGCAGGAUGUUUCCACCAGUGGCAUCUCUUCAAGAAGAUCAAGCCUACCAUCAGGAAAUUAUUCAAAGGCAGCCAAUACCUAUUACUAUGUUAAGCAGCAUCGCCAGAGAUCUGCAAGACGAAAAGACCGAUCGGUAUAUGGGCAGCCUGAAAUAGAUCUAAAGAAUACUGAUUUGAAAGUACGUAUUCAAAAUGAAUCAUCUGAAGAUUCUCUUCUUGCAGCAGACAGUGAUCAAAGUUUAGGCAAUAACAGUACACAAUCAUGUUCUAAUAAACAUGAUCCUUUUUAUGUUUUCCGCAAUACUGAUUCGGCCGGAGUAAGCAGUGAAUCAGAUGCUUGUGGACAUAGUACAAGUCUUGAUUCGUCGGAUGCUGAAUCAAUUCCUGAAAGUAGAGAUCUUGGACUUGGAAGAUCAGGUUCAGGUGGAUCCAUACAAUCUUGGAGCUCUAGUUGUGAUAGCCAGUUAGACGAAUUUAACCAGCUUGUCAUUGAAUUUAUGAAAUUAUUUGUUCAGAAAAUUUUCAAUAGGAAAAGCAUUACUUAUGAAGAGAAAGCAAGAUUUGGAGAACUUUCCCAGCAUGAAUUGGGUAGAUUAUGGUUUUCAAGAUGUGUCAAUGCACAGAGAGUAAAUAACAAACAAGUGGAUGAGUAUACAUUUUAUUGCUUGGUUCAAUACUUUGCAAUUGUUUUAUUUGAAUGUGAUUGUGCUGAUGAUUUCUCUCCAGCUAAGUCUCUCAUGAAUAUGUGUUUUACAUUUUUCUAUGAAACUAAAGUAAAUAGUUCUUCUGCCAAAAAAGAAUAUUUAUUUACAUAUUUGAAAGAACAGCCUAUUUGGCAUUCUUUAAGAUUUUGGAAUGCAGCAUUUUUUGAUGCAGUCCAAUGUGAAAGAUCUCAUAGAACUGUUCCAACAAGGAAAGACUUCAGAAAUUACAGUCCAGAAGAAAUGAGUGAUGAAAAGCAGUUUCAAGAAAAUAUAACUUUUGGCCAACUUGGUACUUUUACAUAUAAUAUGCAUGCAUUUGGUCUAAGUAAGAAGUUCUGCUUGCAGUUUCUUCAUAAGCAAUGCACAAUAGCUAAUCUUCCUAAAGAACAAGUCCAGCUUUUAGAAGAAAACAUUGAGCGAAUUUAUAGAGAAUAAUUGAUAUGUGCAGAUGAUUACUUCAUUCUCAUUUUUAGAAAUAUAGUCAUAAAUCAUUAAUACAAUUGAAAAAAGAAAAGUACUGCAUUUAAUAACUAAAUUUUAGAAUAAACAUGUAUAUUUUAAAACUUAUUCUUGUGA